AGUAUCUAUCAGUUAGUUUGGUUGCAUCUGAGUUAUUAGAAUGCUCAAUCAGGUUGCUGAUUUUGGGCUUUCAAGAGAAGAGGUGGUUGACAGUCAUGCAGCUAACAUUAGAGGAACUUUAGGUUACCUUGAUCCUGAGUACAUAUCUUCCAAGACAUUCAACAAGAAAAGCGAUGUUUACAGCUUCGGAGUAUUACUUUUCGAGAUUAUUGCUGGCAGAAAUCCUCAACAGGGCCUCAUGGAAUAUGUUGAGCUUGCUGCCAUGAAUUCUGAUGGGAAAGUUGGGUGGGAAGAGCUUGUUGAUUCCCGUCUGGAUGGAAACUUCGACGCUCAAGAGCUGAAUGAAGUAGCAGCUCUGGCAUACAAAUCCAUUAACCGUGUUCCGAAAAAACGACCUUCGAUGAGAGACAACGUACAAGUUCUGUCCCGAAUUCUAAAACAAAGACAGAACAAUAGAUUUAACCAAAAUAUGGUGUCAACGACAAGAGAUGAAAUUGGCAUUGAUGUGGAUCAAGUAGAAAGCAGGAGUCCCAGGAGUCCAAUGCCUGAACACCAACGACAACAGUCCACGGAUAGUACAGCCGAAUCAUUUGAUGUUUAGAAAAUGGUUGUUUUGCCCUCUCCUAGUGCUCGUAGUUGAGUUCAUUGAUUCUUCUUGUUUUGACUCGUCUCUUUUCUCAACAUACCAAGAAAGAAAAAUAGGCAGGAGAAGAUCACAAGAAUCUCCCCAGAAAAUUUGAUGUAACAUAGUUGACCCUUUUAAAUUUUGUUUUGAUUUGUUUUAACUGAAAAGGUUUUGUAUAUGGAAUUACAAGUGGAGGAAAAAGGAAAGCUUUUUUUUAGUAUAGAAUGACCAGAAAGCAUCAAACUUUGCUUU